AUGGCGUCAGGAAAAGAAGAUAUGGAUCGAAUAGGUCUCUUUAAAGAAAUGGAAUAUGUGACAGUUAAGGAUCCGUAUAAAGAAGCGUCGAAAAUAAAUUUCAAUGAAGCUGCGUACAAAGGUAAACAGAUAAUGAGCAAAUCAUCGAAAGAACGAUCGACAGGGUCGAUGGCUGGAUAUUUUGAAACGGAAUUUAAACCUUUACGUGCGUCGUAUAUUGAUCCGAUAUCAAUGCGUCGCCAAGCUCGGAAUGAGGAAAAGAAAAGAAACAUUGUUUCAAGACCAUUUGUGACCAUGUCGAGAGCCAAAGAUCCAGAAGGAUUGGGCUCAUUUUUUGGCACAUUCGGUGGUCUUCCAAAAGAUCCUGAUCCGACAAAAUCAAAGUAUCGUGAUCAACCUAAACCAUCUCCUGAAAAACCAAACUUCAAAACCAAUCCAUCGAAGAAAGGAACUGGUUACGGUUAUCCACAUUUGUGUCUAAGUAAAGAUCCUUCCUAUACAUACAAAGAUAAAACGGAUGAUUACAGUGCAUCCAUCGAUGCACAACGCAAAGAUUUCGCUCAUCAUAAAGCAUCCAUGAAGGCUGGUGUGUUUAAAUUAAAUAUGCAUCCGAAGGAGUAUUUCGAUCGUAAUCCAUUUCAUGACGAUGGUAAAGGUGGAAAACGACGCGGUGAAGAAAAAGAACGUUCACGAUCAGCCCCAUCAGAUAAAAAACCAUUCAAAUUCAGUUCACCCGGCAAAUCCUUGGGUGGAAACAAAGACGGUUGUUUCGAUAAAUUUCCCAAACGUAGCGACAAAGAUCCGUAUGUCGUUGGCACAAUUUACUCUCCACCAAAAAAUGUCGUUAAUAAACAAGGGAAGACUUAUUUUCCAAACAAAUAUCCGAAAACGCGGCCCAGUGACUCAGUAAUAAACAAAUUUGUUACUUUACAUGUUACACAGCAGAAUUACAAACAAGCAUCGGCCAGCUUUGCCGGAUUUCAAGCACCACCCAUUCGACAACACGUUUCAGCUCAUUGA